AUAGUCUUUUGGAGAUGCAGGCAACUUAUAAAUUAACACGCGAUUUCAGUUGUAAAACCACGAAUCAAAAACCUAACGAACCGGUAAACAAUUCCGUUUUACACAAAUCCGUGCAGUGACGGAGACGAUGCUGGCGGAAACGAAGGAAAUCGAUUACGUGAUGGAGGCGGCGUCCGGCCCACACUUCUCUGGCCUCCGCCUUGACGGCCUCAUGUCUGCAGCCGCUAGUUCAUCUUCUCCACGUUCUUCCUCCACUCCUACUACUCCCGCUUUUUCCACUCCCCUUACCGAUUCCUCUGUCCUCAAGCAGCCAUUCGUCAUAGGGGUUUCGGGCGGUACGGCAUCCGGGAAGACAACAGUCUGUGACAUGAUUAUUCAACAACUUCAUGAUCAUCGUGUCGUGCUUGUUAACCAGGAUUCUUUCUAUCGUGGCUUGACUCCUGAAGAGUUGCAACGAGUUCAUGAAUAUAAUUUUGAUCAUCCAGAUGCAUUUGACACAGAGCAGCUCCUUGAGUGCGUUAAUGAGCUAAAGAAUGGUCAUUCUGUACAUGUCCCAAUGUAUGAUUUUAAAACACAUCAGCGGUCUUCAAACAGCUUCAGACAGGUGAAUGCCUCUGAUGUAAUCAUCUUGGAGGGGAUCCUUGUCUUCCAUGAUCAGCGUGUGCGGAACUUAAUGAACAUGAAGAUUUUUGUUGACACAGAUGCUGAUGUGAGGCUUGCUCGUAGAAUACGGCGUGAUACAGUAGAGAGGGGUAGGGACAUAAAUUCAGUUCUUGAACAGUAUGCAAAGUUUGUCAAACCGGCUUUUGAUGAUUUUGUUCUGCCAUCAAAGAAAUAUGCUGAUGUUAUCAUACCCCGGGGCGGUGAUAAUCAUGUUGCAAUCGAUUUGAUUGUGCAACAUAUUCACACAAAGCUUGGCCAGCAUGACCUUUGUAAGAUAUAUCCCAAUGUGUAUGUUAUUCAGUCGACGUUCCAGCUCUCCAGAACAAUAAUUAAUUAUGCUUGCUCUGGACGUCUACAGAUAAGAGGCAUGCAUACCCUGAUUCGUGAUCAAGAUAUAUCGAAACAUGACUUUGUAUUCUAUUCUGACAGGCUUAUUCGUCUGGUUGUGGAGCAUGGUCUUGGUCAUUUACCCUUCACUGAAAAGCAAAUAUUUACUCCAACAGGGUCGUUAUAUACUGGUGUUGACUUUUGCAAGAAAUUGUGUGGAGUUUCCAUUGUUCGAAGUGGUGAAAGUAUGGAAAAUGCUCUGCGUGCUUGUUGCAAAGGAAUUAAAAUCGGGAAAAUCCUGAUCCACCGUGAUGGUGACAAUGGGAAACAGCUUAUAUAUGAAAAACUUCCAAAAGAUAUUUCAGAACGCCAUGUCCUCCUCCUAGAUCCAGUCCUUGCUACAGGUAACUCUGCUAAUCAGGCAAUUGAGUUACUCAUACAGAAAGGUGUUCCAGAAUCCCAUAUUAUUUUCCUAAACCUCAUCUCCGCACCAGAGGGAAUACACUGUGUUUGUAAACGUUUCCCCUCUUUAAAAAUUGUGACAUCAGAGAUUGAUGCGUCACUGAAUGAAGAAUUUCGCGUGAUACCGGGUAUGGGAGAAUUUGGGGAUCGUUAUUUUGGCACGGAUGAUUGAUCUACACAGGUUCUGAUGUUGCUCGUUACUGGUUGGUCUGGUCAUUAAUUUUAAAUUAAUUCAGCCAGUCCGGUUCUGUUUACUAAUUGUGAUGUGCCCACAUUUUCUGCAUCGUUCUAUGGUUCUCUCUACUGAGUAUCAGUUGCUUCAAAUUUUGCAAAUCGAAUCAUAUAAAUCAACUUUUCAUUUCUUUACCUCCCAAGCAUAUAAUACCUCAAAUUGGUUGGAUUGAAUAUUUCAAUUUGUUUUGCUUUCAAGAUAUUUAGUUUGUAUGUGUUGUGCACCCCUAAUUCUGAAGAUAACGGAGUCAUGCUACGCACGUCAGUGCCGCUGGGACUUCAAAGCAAUGAUGUAACCCUUCUUUUUCUUAUAAUUUCAUGUUUGUUUGGUCUUCGUUUA